UGCAGUUUAGACCAACCUGCAGAUCUACUUGCAAAGCUCUACAUUAGCAAUCUUUCGAAAUUAAUGAUGAACUAAUUUCCGGCUUGAAACUUUGGAAAGCUGCCAGACAUUUUAUUAAACAUUAGAGGGGGGUUUUCUGAGAAAAAUGUAACAAAGCUGAAUAUCCACGACACAGCUGUUUCCUAUGUUUCGAAAAUGCAUGAUGAAGGUGAAAGUGAUUAUGUUACUUUUUCAAAUCUUGGCGAUUUCAACCCUCAAGUCAGAUUCAACUCACGUCCCUGACGGAUACGUACAAGAGAAUGUGGCUUUACGUGGGAAGGCCACUCAGUCGGAUCGGUUUUUUAAGCUAAACCUGCUGGGUUACAGCCAGCCUGCCAACGCCAUCGAUGGAAACCGAGAUUCUAAUUUCUUCCAUGGAUCCUGUACCAUCACAACUUUAAAGCCCAACCCCUGGUGGAGGGUGGACCUGCUGCAGGAGUACCAAAUCGUCUCUGUCACCAUCACCAACAGAGGAGACUGCUGUGGAGAAAGGAUCAAUGGAGCUCGCAUCCUCAUCGGCAAACACCUGGAGAACAACGGCAUCAAUAAUCCACAGUGCAGUGUGAUUGACUCUAUGGCAACAGGAGAGACUAGAACCUUUCACUGUCCAUAUACAAUGACGGGACGCUACGUCACAGUGUACCUCCCAAGAACACAAUUCCUUCAACUCUGUGAAGUGGAAGUGAAUGCUCUGCUUUCUGCCAACUGAAAAUUUUUCUAAGCAGUGCUUUGCAAAUUUGUUUGCAUCUACAACUACUCAUUGCUUUAUAGCCAGAUGCAGUCUGUUUAGAAACGCGGGUAAAGAAAUCAAUUUAACUAUUUUGGGAUUUGAGAAUCAUGCUGCCAUUUUAAUAUAUUUCCAGGUUUUCGUGUACAGAAAACUUGCUGAAGUUCUACUUGUCUGCUUUCUGCAAGUUCAUCUAUUGACUGAUUUUCUUUGUAGUGCAUCAAAUAAACAUCUCAUUUAAAGCA